UGUGCGACGGUACACCCACCACUGAAGAAAAAAAAAAGAUUUCCGACAAAUUUUUAAUAAGCAGCAAAAUGUCACGACAAGCCACCAGAUUAGACGCAAAGAAAGUGAACUCGGAGUUCCUAACUCUCACCUAUGGCGCUCUGGUCACACAGAUGCUGCGCGAUUUCGAGAACGUGGACGAUGUGAACAAGCAGCUGGAGAGGAUUGGCUACAACAUGGGCAUGCGUCUGAUCGAGGACUUCCUGGCACGCACCUCGGCGCCACGUUGUCUGGAGAUGCGUGAGACGGCGGAUCGCAUCCAGCAGGCAUUCCGCAUCUAUUUGAAUGUACAGCCCACCAUAUCCAACUGGUCGGCGGCAUCCGAUGAGUUCUCGCUGCUGUUCGAUGCCAAUCCGCUGACGGAGUUUGUCGAGCUGCCCACAGAUCUGUCCAAUUUACGCUAUAGCGCCAUACUCAGCGGUUGUAUUCGUGGUGCUCUCGAGAUGGUCCAGUUGGAGGUGCAAUGCUGGUUUGUUCAGGAUCAACUGAAGGGCGACAAUGUGACGGAGUUGCGUGUUAAGUUCGUGCGACGUCUAGAGGAAGCCAUACCAGCUGGCGAGGAUUAGACAAUGAAACA